CUAGUAAAACCCUAAAUUCUUCUGCUUCUUUCGAUUCAAUUGCGAUGCAGAUGGAAACAAAGGCGUUAACAGAAGAGGCGAUCUCAAUGACUGAGAAGAAGAUGAACAUGAGCUUAGAUGAUAUUAUUAAAAUGUCGAAGAAAAAUGCUGCUAAAGGGAAAAGACCUCCGAGGCCUCCUAUUAAAAACCAAGGCUUUCAGAAUAGGAAUCCUUCCCAUGGUAAUGCCCUGCUACAAGGAUUCAUGGAUUCCAGAUCAUCGAUUAGACAGGGUGUGCUUGCAAAGAGAAGGUCCAAUGUUCAUGGGAAUCAAUUCCCAGUAAUCACAGAGAUGGCUAGGAAGGCUGCUGCCAGUUCUGUCCAGAACAGGAUGAGAAAUCCGAAUGGCAGAUGUGUAUUGACACCCCUUCAAAGGAGUGCUGAUGCUGACUCCGAUAUCAAGCAGCUUCAAGCCUUGGAUGCAAUCUUUGCAAAUAUGAAUGCGAUGAGGAUGGAUUUUGUGAUCGAAAAGAUUAAUCCUGGAGGCAGCAUGCAGUUGGUACAAAGGCCCUUUGGCUCAAGGCAGCAGCAAAGAAGAGGUGGUCGUCGCCCUCGAGGUGGUGUUCAGCCGGGACAAAGGCGCUUUGGCUCAGGGCAACGGCAAGGAAGAGGUGGUCCUCGUGGUGGUGCUCAUGGUGGGCGUCGUGCUGCUGAUAGAUUGCCUUCAGCUCACUGACUUUGCUAAAUAAGAACAGUUAGUUUGCUGUUGCCCAGUGAACAAUUAGCUUGUUGUAUUUUAUUUGUUACAUUGUUUUCAUAUUCACAUCAAAGUCAGGCG